GGCUUGCUUCCACUGUGCAGCAGAGUUGAUUCUGAGCUUCCUGAUCGCGUCGUCUCCGCCACUAGGCGCUCUCUUUAACAAACAAAAGCCUAAAGCACGCCUCGGUGUUGUUACACGCGUCAAAGGCACCGACCGACACACGGACUUGUCGCGGCUGAGAUCAUCUCGUCUCGUGGCCAGGCAAUGGGGGCUGAGCAAAGCACCGCCGAGGGGGGCAAGGAGGGCAACCUUGAGGCAGCGAGACAUCCCGCCCAGGCGCUGUCGGGUGCUCGUCCAAAGGAGAGGGCCACCAUGGAGGACAUUGUGGUGGUGGCACCGGGCGUUCAGACCUCCCCCCGUGACCCCUGGAGUGACCCCGAGCUCCUCAAGCUCCAGGAGAUUCCACGCUUCUAUCCUCUGCUGCGGGGUCUUGGACCCGGCGAGGCGGUGGCCGGAGGGGCGGCGGGUGUGCGUCUGGAGCGCAUGGACUCGCGCCGCGUGCUGCAAUUGUGUCUGCGCUACCAGGAGCACCUCCAGCAGUGCGCCGAGGCGGUAGCCUUUGACCAGAACAUGCUCACGCAGCGUAUAAAGGAGGUGGAAGGGGAGGUCAGCACUCUCUACGCCUCCAUGCAGGAGAGACAGAAGCGCUUUGCACGUUACGCCGAGCAGGUUAAAAAAGUGGGAGAGAUCUCUGCGCUCCUGCGGAAGAUCCAGAUGGGCGUGGACCAGACGCUGCCACUGAUGGAGCGGCUCAACGCGCUACUCCCUGAGUCCGAGCGUUUGGAGCCCUUCUCGUUGCAGCCCACACCCCCCAGGGCCACACCUCCCCCUGAUGUUGCCAGCAGCACAUUAAACUAGGCCCGCUUACACCCCUCCCUUCUCUCCGUCACAGUAUCUCGCUUGUUUUAUAAGUACGCAGUACGCAUGCCCACCCGGCCGUCUCACCACGCUCUGGCUUGUCCGCUCAGCCGAUCCCCGACGGGUCUGUGUCUCCUGCUGUCGCGUGUCUACGAAACGUGCAUUUGGAGUGUUUGGCUGCUGUAAAUGUACACGUGAUGAUACGCCACUUUGUUGAGCUAUCAUUUGUGGCCAGGUCGCUUCAGAAAAAUAUCUAUAUGGCUCAGUGGGCCUUACCUGGUAACAUAAAAAUAGUUUGUAAAAAAUAGUUUAGUUUUCCUGUCAUGUGCCAAACAUCUAACUUUUCUGGCAUGUCUUUGCACCUCGGCACAUUCAUUUAGUGUGCCGGUGUCUUGCAUCCCACCGAUCUGUACUUUGACACCUCUUCACAUAGUCACACUUCACUGAAGGGGGGAGGGGGGGGGAAUGGGCGUUCAGAAUAGUAAUUUAUUGGUCAUUUGUGUGUACUUAAUGGACGUCAUUUGGAUGUCCGUGGCUGGCACCUGCAGGUGCUUGCGACUUUGACAGCGAAGCUCCCAAGCUGCUUCAGUGUUCUUGGUUCUUUCGGUAAAGUCACGUAGAAGGGAAAUAAUAAAAUAAUACAAAUUAAACAUAAUAAAAUACAAUUCUCACAACGUUUCGGCCACAACGCAAGCAGCCGUCAGAGGACGGCUGCUUGCCGAAACGUCGUGAGAAUUGUAUUUUAUUAUGUUAAAUUUUUAUUAUUUUAUUAUUUCCCUUUUUCGUGACUUUACCGAACGAACCAAGAAGACUGCUUCAGUGUGUUUUUGAAUGGCGGCUGGGGAGGUCUGGGCUCGACGACUUUUUGAGUCCAAGGGUUGCGUUGUGCAUUGCGGCCCCCGCCGAUAAUGAACCGCCCGGCUGCUUUAUCAGCGGCCCCGUGCGUGCGCCUGCUUUGCUUGCAGACGCCGGAGAUCCUCUUACUCCGAAACAGUGGGGCCUUUGUGGUGUGAUCACGUAUAUGGUCCAGAUGAUCUAAAUACGUAAUUCAAUCAGCCCUCCAUACUGUACGUAUAUGCGUUGGGGUUUGUUGCUGAGCUGCAGUGCAUUGCAAUUGACGUGAAACGUUAACUUCGACCUUUCAGAAUUGGUUUACGAGUAGAAAUCGUAUUGGAGGAGCCAAUGGUUUUAUACAAUUACUUUAAACAAAAAUCUAGCACGCACUGUUCAUCCAGAACAUUAUAAAUUAAUAAUGUUUAAAAAAAACAUCAGUUCGCUUUGUCCAGCGUCUUUAGAAAUGUAUUUUAGAUGCUGUAUAAAUUCCAAUUAUCAUUUGCAGGCAAUCAAAACGCAAAGCAGAAGCCAGUAACUCGCUCUGAUUCCUAAUUAUUGCAGGAAAAUCUCACUCCAGUCUUUGUGAGCUCACUUUGUUACUUUCGAUGCAAUUGAAAACCACUCCUCUCCGUGUUUGCUGACAUUUCGGAUUGUUCCGUGGAAUGCGCGGGCAUGAGAAUACUGAAAGUAAAGACGCACUUGCCCUGGUGGAUUGAGAGAAUAGUGUAAAGUAGAGAUUAAUGAUUGGGCAAUUACACAGUGGCCUACAAGAUAGCAUAUCUUGCUUGGCUAAGUAGGCAGGACAACCAGAGCGUUUAAUGACUGGAGCUCCUUGUUUUUCUCCACAAAGGGCUGGCAUUGGUCGUACUUUGCAUGCUUGACGAGCCUUUGACGUUUACUUGGUAAACACGUGGAAUUAGCCCGAUGGUUCAUUGAUGUUGGCCCUUAUGAGGGCCGCUUGAUAUCUUCGUUCACGUUGCUGAUCGUAUCGGGUUUAUUGACGAGUUAAUCCGGUAGCUUUUUUGACGACAUCCCGUUGCGUUCACGAAUUAUGCGCAAGGAAGAACAGUGAGCACGAGUCUUUGCCUCCCAGCCCUCUGCCUUAUGUUACCAAAGGUGGUGUGAAUCUCCUGGGAUGAUCAGCUGGAAAAUAACAUGUUUCCAUGUGGGCUUUUUCACUGCCGGUGUUUGCAGUGAGCCGAGUGAGACCACACAGUUCAGCCUGUCUGCAGUGGAGCAGGUGCGGGGUCUUGAAAUGUCACAUUUGUAAAAAAGAAAGGCUGGUUUCUCUCUCUAUGAGCUGAGAUUCACAGUCCUGUUGAAGACACACUGGACCAGUCCUACAUCAGCGAACUGUGUCAUUCUAUUCCCUGCAGUUACUUUAGCCGUGUUUUGUUAAGUUUCUUUAAAGCUGAAGUCGGCUAUACAGAGGACACUUGAAUAAGAAAAGUGGAUAAGUGUGUGCUUGCAGAAUUGUAAAAUGUCUUCAACGGAGUAGGAAACACAGGCCGUGUCUGUAAAUGGUAGAUUGUUGUGUAUGUGCGAUCUAAUAAUGUAAAACUUUGAAAUAAAAUGAGAUUCCAUUCGAUGGAGUUUUGCACAGACAAGCCUGUCCACAUGUGAAAA